AUGUCGUCUACUGAACUGAUUGAACUAACAAAUAGGACCAGAAAUGAUCUAGAAAACAAUUCAACUAGAUCAUUUGAUCUGGUGGUUAUCAGUUUACGUGGUGCAGCUUCCGAAGAAGUACCGGAACAGGAGGAAGAAUACUAUCCAGAUGGUGGAAUUGAAGCUUAUUUAGUCAUUGCUGGUUCAUUCCUUGGAUUGGUAGUGAAUUUAGGUAUAAUAAACUCAAUUGGGGCCAUUCAAGCGUAUGUGUCAACCCAUCAAUUGGCAUUAGUUCUGGCUUCUUCAAUUUCUUGGAUUUUCUCCAUUUACUUAUCGUUAGCUUAUAUCACAGGAAUAUUUGUAGGUCCAAUGUUCGAUAGACACGGUCCCUUACAAUUAUUGCUUGCUGCUACAGCUUUCAUAUUUAUAGGUUUAAUGCUGUUGGCAAGUAGUAUUGAAGUCUAUCAAUUUAUUAUGAGCUUUGUUGCUUUGGGAUUAGGAAAUGGGCUUGGUAUGACUCCUUUGAUUGGAAUUAUUAGUCAUUGGUUUUUAAAGAGAAGAGGAAAUUUCACGGGAGUAGCAACGAGUGGUGGAUCGGUAGGAGGAUUAGCCUUUCCAUUAAUGUUAAGACACUCUUAUGCAGCUUUUGGUUUCACUUGGGCUAUUAGAAUAUUUGCUUUUACUUGUUUGGCUUGCAUGCUUUUAUCCAUCAUAUUAGUCAAAGGAAGAUUUAAAUCAACUCUGCUGUCGGAUCAGCAUUUCAAUUCUAAAUGGGACAAAUUCAAACAUAAAUUGACUUUGAAAAACUUGAAAUUGAAUGAUGCAAAAUAUAACUUUGUCGUUGCUGGUUCAUUUUUCACAGAGUUGUCUUUGGUAUUGCUUCUUACUUAUUUUCCUACAUAUGCAAUUGCACAAGGAGUUUCUGAAUCAACAGCACUUUUACUAUUAACAGUUUGGAAUGGGUUUGGAAUACUAGGAAGAUGGGUUCCGAGUUAUGCAUCCGAUCACAUUGGACAUUUCAAUAUCAAUAUUGUCAUGUUAAUUAUAUAUAGUAUUUGUAUUUACGUGAUGUGGCUUCCAUUUGGUUACAAUACUAAAGUACUAUUUGCCUUUGCCUCAUUUGGAGGAUUUUGUCAAGGAUCUAUACUGAGUCUUCUACCUGCUUGUCUUUCUCAAAUAACACCAGUUAAUGAAAUUGGGUAUAAAUUUGGCGUCUUGAACUCAUUCUUAAGUAUUGCUAAUUUGUUUGGUAUUCCAUUAGCCAGUACUGUCAUAGGAAAUGGUAGUGUUCAUCACUAUAAUAACUUUGUAAUUCUAGUGGGAUUAAUCUCAAUUGCAGGAACUAUAUUUUGGUAUUGUAGUAGGUACGCUAUGGUAGGAUUUAAACUAAAUGCCAAGGUUUGA